AGAUCGGCCGUCCGCGGUGAAGGUCGCCAUGGCGGAUGAUGACGAUGUCAAUCCGGUCACCGGCAACGACGACCUUCGCGCGGCAGGGCUUGUCCCAGAUGACGAAGACGACAUCCAGGCUGACGCUGCUGCUUUGCUCGGUAUCGAUCUAACCUCUGCUCCUGUCGAUCUAAGUUCUAAUCCGACCAACGCUGGUGGAGGGCCUGUUACGGCCACCGAUACUCCGGUCGGCUCCACCAGCACCGAUGGUGGUACUGGUACCUCAUCUGUUGGUAAGCGUAAAUCUACUGUCUGGGUUGAUUUUGAUGAGGUAUUUGAGAAAGUGAAUGGGCCUGGGAGGAUUAUAUUGCCCGUGCUCAUAACCCCAGGUUUACCAAAGUGUCUAGACAGACCACCACUAGAGACCUUCUGAAGCUUUUCACUGAACGACGUAAUGUGCUUAUCAAUUUUGUGUUGCCUGC